AUGGCUACAAUGGCAGCAUCGAAUACACGUGACGUAGGCCCAAAAGAUUUAGGAUUACGUAAUAAUUCUUCGACUAAAAUUGAUCUGGCGAAUAUUGCUGACGUUCCUUAUUAUGUUGAAAAGCGAUAUGUUCGUGCUGUUGAUGAAAACGGUGAUGAAUUUCAAUAUGAAGAAGUGCCUGUUGAAGAAUUCUAUGAUGAUGACAAGGAAGAAACACUCGAUGCAUUGAUUCGAAAUGUCAAAGAUCAACAACGCGAAUCGCAAGUCAUUCCAACUACAACUUCUGCAUCGAUUUCUCGAGGUUCAUUGACAACUGAGCCUGAAGCUGUUGAUGAUUUUGUUCGUAAUUUUCUCGUUCGUAUGGGUAUGAAAAAGACCAUGCAGCAGUUUCAAGUCGAAUGGCAUAAUCUGUCAUCAUCGGGACGAAUCAAAACCAAUGAAGCUGGUUAUUUACCUGAUGUUGUUAAACACAAUGAAGAAUUGAGCGAAAAAAUGAGAUUAUUACAAUCAGAAGUUGAUCGUUAUCGAAAAUCAGCUGAAAAAGCACGAGAAGAAUUUAUCAAAAUGAAGAAAGAACGUGACUAUCAUCGACAACAUCACAAUCGCAUUGCACAAGAAAAGAAUAAUCUUGUCACUUUUAUUAAACGAUUGAAAUCCCAUCUAUCGACUUAUGAACCACAAUUAGAUGAAUUAAAAACAAAAUACGAUUCUGCUGUUCGAGAGAAAAUGUUGUAUAAAUUGGAACGGGAUAAAAUGCAAAGUGAAUUGAAUGCUCUAAAAUUAUCUACAUCAACAUCAUACCAAAAUAAUACAGAAGGAAGUUUAGGAUCAACACAAUCUAAACUUCGAGAACUACGAUUGAAAGAAGAGAAGAAAAAGGUUAUGAUAACUGAUGAACAAAGACGAUUAACGGGCUCGAUGGACGAUACAAAUCAAUCGAAUGCACAAGAUUCGGAAUUUCCAACGGAUACAGGAAAUAAUCCGUAUUUAAAUCGAUUUGCUGAAGAUGCUUUCCAUCGUUCGACAUUAACAUUAGCGAAGGAACUAUUAGCACAUGAAGGUCCGAUCAGUUGUGCUGCUAUUCAUCCACGUAAACAUGUGGCUAUAACUGUUAGUGACGAUCGAUCAUGGAAAAUGUGGGCCAUUCCCGAAGGUGAUAUGAUUAUGAAAGGUGAAGGACAUGCCGAUUGGGUAUCUGGUGUUGAUUUUCAUCCAAGUGGAAAUAAGAUGGCUACAUGUUCGGGUGAUACGACGGUUAAGCUAUGGGAUUUUUCGCAAAAGAAAUGUGUUCAUACGUUUACCAAUCAUCUUCUACCUGUCUGGUCUGUUAAUUUUCAUUCAUGUGGAGAUUUUAUCACAUCAGCCUCUCAAGACAAAACUGUUCGAUUAUGGGAUUUGAAUAGUCUCCGUUGUCGAAUGGUGAUGCGUGGACAUCAAGAUUCAGUUCAUUCGGCUGAAUUUCUAAUGUUUUCCAAUAUAAUUGUAUCCAGUUCCGUUGAUAAAACUGUCAUGUUAUGGGAUGCACGAACAGGUUUAGCUGAACAUACUUAUGCUGGUCACGCAAAUGCUUGUAAUCAAGCAACAUUUAAUUUACGAGGUGAUGCAAUUGCAUCGUGUGAUACGAAAGGAGUAGUGAAAAUCUGGGAUGUCAGAACAGUUAAAAGUAUUGUUACGUUAGAUUUUGGACCAUAUUCAGCGAAUAGUGUUUCAUUUCAUCCAGCUGGUCAAUUAUUAACCACAGCGUCUGGCGAUCGAACAAUUAAACUCUACAAUAUCGGUUCCGAAGAGUUAAUUCCAUUAAGUAGUCAUACUGAUGAAGUUCAAUAUGUUAAAUUUGAUCUUAAAGGGCAGUAUAUGAUUUCUACUGGUCGCGAUCGAACCCUACGUAUUUGGUCUUAA